GGCUGCGUUGGUAAUUUGUUGUACCUGGGAGAGCUCUGUUCUUUACUCAAAUGCUACAAGCGAAGCCUAAACAUUAGAGGCUUAUAUGUCUGCUCUUCCCCUCUUGCUUUUUGAGACUUGGUUGACUGGUGCCAGUAUACAUAUCAUUCGUCUUCAUACCUGCCUGUGCCGACAACCAGAAAUCUUGCUUGUGGGUUCUUUGGGGUUAUGGUCGUGUAGAUAUUGUCCCAGUAAUGAAAAAUCAAUAAACUCAUGCUUUUCUCCCCGGUCAUUGAUGCCAGGGACUUUUGAAUGUGUUGAACAAAGGAUUGGCAACGAUUGCAAGGGGCUUAGUAGCUAAUAUCUAUACUCCAAUUCUAAGCUGGCUAUCCUUUUGCCCAAAAUAUCUCCAGCCGACUUUCCAUAAGGUCUCAUCACAUGCAUGGCAACACAAGGCUAAGACGAUGCGGAAGUAAAAC